CAAAAAUCAUCGACGCCUCCAUAUUAUCUCCAUUCUUCCUCCCAAUAACCUCCAACCCUGCUUCUCCACUUCUCCCCAUUUCCGCCUCUCAGAAUUAAUUCCUUCCGCAGAUAGCUCGGACGGCGGCUACUACCAACCGACGCGUGAUCGCCCCCCUCGAGAUCCUCGUGAGAUAAAACCUCUCCACCCCCUUUGCGCAUGGCCAGCCUUCGUCCAUCAUAACACUUCCGGCUCGCCUGUCACGGUCUCGCUCCCUAUCCCCAUCACCGCCUACUCCCUGUUGCUGGCGUCGCCCUCUAAACGCUCGCCGCCGCGUUCCCGGCACACGCGGCCACCAUGACUGGGGCUCCGCCUUACAAUCCCCAGUCUCCGACCCAGCAGUCUCGCUAUCCUGCCUACUCUCCUCCCUCCAAGAGUCGUCCCUUCUACGGCAACAAUGACCAAUACCAGCAACAUCCUCCCCAGACGCCUCCUGCUUUCCCACCUCAGUCCAGCAUGUCCAGGAGCCCUCACUUUUCCCAUGCGCCUUCCCCGUUGCCCGGUACCCUUCCGCCAUUGAACGGCGCAGCGCCCCCCUCUCAUCCCUCGGAGGCGCCGUCGCAAUAUCAAGCACAUUCGUCGGCUGGAACUCCGCAGUUUCCUCUCCACCGAUCCUACCCAGGUUCCGUCUUAUCGGGCAACGGCGCAUCUCCCUAUGGCCACUCCACUCCGUCUCACGCCCAUCCCGCUGGUCGGUCCGAGAGUCAUCCACAGGCGUCCCCUAAAAAAGAGACCGAAUCUUCCUUUUCUAUGGGAGGUCAUAGUAUCCCUGGUUAUCCGACUUCUCUGGUGCGGGAGCCGAGAGCAAAUUCUCCCAAGGAAACAAAACCUGCCCGAGCUGCGGAUCCCAUGUCGUUUGCAAGCAUUCUUUCUGGACCGGCAGAAGAACGCGCUCCCUCCAAAAGGCAAUCAUCCGCGGAAGCCACGCCAACACCUUUAGCAUCGGCAUCGGCAGUCGCAGCUAGUCUUAGCCCGCCACCCACAAGUACCAUCUCUGCUCCUCUUUCAAAGUCCAAAGACAAGGCACCAGCUCCCACUGCUUUACCUAGGUUGGAAAAGAAGCCCAAUACGGAGAAACGCCGUCGCAACAUCGACCAGGACCAUAGAGCGACCGAAUCGCGGGCCUCGAGUGCCGCAAACGGUGUUUCAGAUCUCGCAAAGUCAUCUUCCCAACCUCGUGUUUCUGGUUCUCGCCACAUUAUGUCUGAACGGGAGACGGAAGCUCUUAACAGAGCUUUGGCUGAUAUGGCCGAGGCAGACAAAAGUGACGUGGAAGCUGCUGGGUACGAAAGGUUCCGUGAGGAAUAUCUAGCUAAAGGCAAGAAACGCGCUUUUAACACGGAACAAGCUGAGAUCCUGAGACGCAAGCGUCGCCGAAAUGACUUCCUGGUCACUCUGGGCCAGUCUCUCGAGAAACAAUCCGCGAACGGCAUGAACCGAUUCAGACUGGCAAAUGAGGCAUCCGUCAUUGCCGAAGUUCAAGCCAAAGAGAUCCAAGAUGAAAAGGAACGCAAGAAGGACAUGCAGCGAAAGCGACGUCGCGAAAACACGGUGCGCAUGGAGAUGCAGAAGAAGUUGGAAGCGGAGAUCAAGGCGAACGAGGCCCAGGAUUCCGCUGAGAAAGCCAAGUUCCUGCGUGAAGCCGAAAGGGCUCAGAGGAAGAUCAAGACCACCAAGAGGGCGCUCGAGGGUGUCACUGCUCCUGAAGAGAUUAGUGAAGUCACCCCGUUGGCGCCAAAUCUGGAAGGCGGCACCACCAGCUCAUUCCAUAUUGGCCGGGGCUCCCCAUCGAGACGGAAGUCCGGACGUGGCGGUCCCGUCACGCGACCGAAGAAAUCCAAGGAGCAAAAGCAGGCCGAAAAGGAUGCGGCGGAGGCUGCCUAUGCAGCCAUGGAGAAUGAUGAGCCUCUGCCCAUUGCCCCUAAGGAGGAUCCCCGGAAGGAAUCCCUCAAGAAGGAGGUCAAGGGUAGCCGCUCUAAAGAGCCCACGCCUGCACCCCUCUCCGCGUACGAGACCAAGGGAUACAAUCAGAUCUACGAGCAGAUCUGGCGCGACAUUGCACGCAAGGACAUCCCGAAGGUCUAUCGCAUCAAGGCGCUGUCCCUCAGCACACGUCAGGAGAAUUUACGCAAGACAGCUCAGCUGGCCAGUAAGCAGUCCCGCAAGUGGCAGGAACGCACAAACAAGAGCAUGAAGGACACCCAAGCCCGCGCCAAGCGGACCAUGCGUGAGAUGAUGUCCUUCUGGAAACGCAACGAACGAGAGGAGCGCGACCUGCGUCGCCUUGCUGAGAAGCAGGAGAUCGAAUCCGCCAAGAAAGCCGAAGCAGAACGUGAAGCCAACCGUCAACGGCGCAAACUCAACUUCCUCAUUUCUCAAACCGAGCUGUAUUCUCACUUCAUUGGCCGGAAGAUCAAAGACGCCGAGGGAGAUGGCUCCGGAGACCCUGCUGUGGAAGGAACGGACCAAACUGUUCAACCCGGCAAGAGUCAAAGUCAUGCCAUGGACCUGCCUCCCAGCGCCGCCGAUUUGAGCACCAAAGUCACCAACUUUGAGGAUCUUGACUUCGAUGCCGAAGAUGAAACAGCUUUGCGGCAGGCGGCUAUGUUCAAUGCGCAGAAUGCCGUGCAGCAAGCCCAGGAUAGAGCACGUGCCUUCAAUUCCGAUCAGAACCAGAUGGAUGCCCUGGAUGAGGGUGAACUGAACUUCCAGAAUCCUACGAGCCUGGGAGAUAUCGAGAUCUCCCAGCCUAACAUGCUCACUGCAAAGCUCAAAGAAUACCAAUUGAAGGGUCUGAACUGGCUUGUCAACUUGUACGAGCAAGGUAUCAAUGGUAUCCUAGCUGAUGAGAUGGGGCUCGGUAAGACUAUCCAGUCUAUCUCGGUCAUGGCGUAUCUCGCCGAAGUGCAUAACAUCUGGGGCCCGUUCUUGGUCAUUGCGCCCGCAUCCACCCUUCACAACUGGCAACAGGAAAUCACCAAGUUCGUGCCGGACAUUAAGGUUCUGCCUUACUGGGGUUCUGCGAAGGAUCGCAAGAUCCUUCGCAAAUUUUGGGACCGCAAACACAUCACAUACACCAAGGAGUCGGAAUUCCACGUGCUGGUUACCUCGUACCAGCUUGUGGUGCUUGAUGCGCAGUACUUCCAGAAGGUCAAGUGGCAGUACAUGAUUCUGGACGAAGCUCAAGCCAUCAAGUCUUCGCAGAGUUCACGUUGGAAGAAUCUGCUUGGAUUUUCCUGCCGUAACCGUCUCCUGCUGACCGGUACACCCAUCCAGAACAAUAUGCAGGAGUUGUGGGCUCUUCUUCACUUCAUCAUGCCGACACUGUUCGAUUCACACGAUGAAUUCAGUGAAUGGUUCUCUAAGGAUAUCGAAUCCCAUGCCCAGAGUAACACCAAGCUAAAUGAGGACCAACUGAGGCGCCUUCACAUGAUCUUGAAGCCGUUCAUGCUACGUCGUGUCAAGAAGCAUGUCCAGCAGGAACUCGGCGAUAAGGUUGAGAAAGACAUUUUCUGUGAUCUCACCUAUCGGCAGCGUGCCUACUACACCAACCUGCGGAACCGUGUUAGCAUCAUGGACCUCAUUGAGAAGGCUGCUGUUGGUGACGAGGCGGACAGUACGACACUGAUGAACUUGGUUAUGCAGUUCCGAAAGGUCUGUAACCAUCCCGAUCUGUUCGAACGCGCCGAAACAAAGUCUCCCUUCUCUACCGCGUACUUUGCCGAGACGGCCUCCUUCGUUCGCGAAGGUCAUUUUGUCAACGUCGGCUAUUCAACGCGCAAUAUGAUCGAAUAUCCUUUGCCACGCCUUCUUUGCGGUUCUGCCGGUCGCCUGGAUGUAGCAGGAUCCGAUAAUACACGCGCCGGAUUCGACGGCAUGUAUCUCACCCACAUGAUGAAUAUCUUCGCGCCGGAAAACAUCAAGCGGAGCAUCCAGGACGAUGGGGCAUUCUCUUUCCUGCGUUUUGUGGAUACGUCUGCUGGCGAGGCGUAUGAGCAGUCGCAUAUGGGCGUCUUUGAGAGAGCGGUUCGCCGCCGUGGCCAAACUAAUAGGUUAUCUCGUCUCAAUGUCGCCUAUGACGACGACGACCGGCAGGCAGCGUCUGUCCUCCCGCAUACCCUCUUCAGCAUUAUCGAUCGUAAUGAUCGUCAUGCCGUCAAUGAGAUUUCAACGGAAGGCUAUAUGCGGGAAUUGAUGACCGUUUCACGGUCUACGUUCGAGCGUGAGGGCCUAAACAUCAUCGAACCCUGUGCAAGUCCCGCUGCAUCGGCACCUCCAAUCACGAUUCUGUCCUCGAGCCAGGUCCCCAUGAAUGAGGCUAUGGAUAGUUUCUUCAGUGUGCCGGUGCGGCACGCGCUUCUCAGCACGCCUUCGAGACAGGUAGAAGAGCAAAUCAUCGAGCAAAAGGUGGAUCCGACUCCAUUCUCUCUCAAACCUAUGCUCCCGGCGCCGACGUCCACCAAGGGUCGUUACACGCACAUUGAAGUGCCAUCUAUGCGGCGGUUUGUCACGGAUUCUGGAAAACUGGCUAAGCUGGAUGAACUGCUGCGAGAGCUCAAAGCGGGCGGUCACCGCGUGCUGUUGUACUUCCAGAUGACACGCAUGAUCGACCUGAUGGAGGAGUACUUGACGUACCGUAACUACAAGUACUGCCGCUUGGACGGAAGCACCAAACUGGAGGAUCGUCGCGACACGGUGGCUGAUUUCCAGCAGCGCCCUGAAAUUUUUGUUUUCCUCCUUUCUACACGUGCCGGUGGUCUGGGUAUCAACCUGACUGCAGCUGAUACCGUUAUCUUCUACGAUUCGGACUGGAACCCAACGAUCGAUUCCCAAGCCAUGGACCGAGCCCACCGUCUUGGUCAGACAAGGCAAGUUACAGUGUACCGUCUCAUCACCCGGGGCACCAUUGAAGAACGGAUCCGCAAGCGAGCCUUGCAGAAGGAAGAGGUCCAGCGCGUCGUUAUCACCGGUGGCGCGGCCGGCGGUGUCGACUUCAACACCCGUAACCGGGAAAGCCGCACGAAAGACAUUGCCAUGUGGUUGGCCGAUGACGAACAGGCCGAGCUUAUUGAACAGAAGGAAAAGGAAGCUAUGGACCGCGGCGAAGUAUUUGGUGCCGGCAAGGGCGGGAAAAAGGCGGCCCAGAAGAGAAAGAGGGACAUCACGCUGGAUGAUAUGUAUCACGAAGGCGAAGGCAACUUCGACGAUGUCAGUGCGAAACCAUCCGGGGCCGCAACUCCCGUGUCGACGGCCGAGAACGUGGCCACCCCCUCCUCGACCCCGGUCCCUAAGCGUGGACGAGGACGUGGGGUGGGAAAGGGGACAUCCAAGCGCGCCAAAACGACCAAGGAGCGGCUGCGUCUCAUUGAUGGUGAUGGGGGUCUCGGGCCCAUCUGAUCGGACGAGACGCCCUCUCUCUUACUAGCCAAACGAUUCAAUGGAAUGACGGCGUUCGGAUCUCAUCUUUCUCUCCUGUUUCUUUCCUGUUGAUUUCCGUGUCGAACGGCCCUGUGUCCUUUCCUUUCUAAUUCCGAUUUGUUUCUUCUUUCUUUUACUUUCCCCGGGCGCCGGGCCGGUGUGUCCGCGCCAUGUAUUAACAACAUGCAUUCUGAUAUACGAGAUGUUGGGCAGGGAUAAGGAUGAUGUUCAAACUAUUGUGGUAAUGUGCAAAGACCAGGCAGAUUUGAAACGAGCUAUCUGACGAGGCACCAAAAAGCGACGAGGAGGGAACAGACGGCAAGAUAGACAGAUAUGUGGCUGUUGUGUAUUUUUCCUCUCUCUCUCUCUCUACCUUUCUACACAAUUGAUUGAAUUUUGGAUGGACUCUGCGUGUAUCGAACCAU